GAAGGCCUUUAACCACUUUUCCUCCCUGCCAUAGAUAAAAACAGACAUGGUCCUGGUCAUGUGCAAGAAGCAGACAACAAAGAAGUGGGGGUGCCUAACGAAGGCGGAACUGCAGACUAAAGAGAAAGAAAAACCCACUACGGAGGAGACUGCAGACCCCAGCGACGGCCUGAUGAGCAUGCUGAAGAAGAUAUACUCCGACGGAGAUGACGAGAUGAAGAGAACCAUCAACAAAGCCUGGUCAGAGUCCCAGGAGAAGAAGAGCCGAGGAGAAGACGCGCUGGACCUGUAAACUGCACCCACUUCUAUUCCGCAAGCGAAAAUAAGUGAGAUCUUCCAGGGCUGCAGCGGA